UGUAAUCAUGGCGUCAGAACGGUAUAGUUUUUCCCUUACAACUUUCAGUCCGUCAGGAAAAUUAGUGCAAAUCGAAUAUGCUUUAGCCGCUGUGGCCGCCGGAGGCACCUCCGUUGGCAUUAAAGCUUCCAAUGGGGUUGUUAUCGCCACUGAGAACAAGCACAAGAGUAUUUUGUAUGAUGAGCACAGUGUGAACAAAGUCGAAAUGAUCACAGGACAUAUAGGCAUGGUGUAUUCCGGCAUGGGCCCCGAUUACCGUCUUCUAGUCACUCAGGCCCGCAAGAUGGCGCAGCAGUAUUAUCUGAUGUACCACGAACCGAUACCCACGGCUCAGCUCGUGCAACGAGUAGCGACGGUCAUGCAAGAGUACACACAGUCUGGCGGUGUCCGUCCAUUCGGUGUAUCCCUAUUGAUCUGCGGUUGGGACGGUGAUCGACCCUACCUGUUCCAGUGUGACCCGUCCGGUGCUUACUUCGCUUGGAAGGCAACCGCUAUGGGCAAGAAUUUCAACAAUGGAAAGACAUUCCUCGAGAAAAGGUAUACAGAAGACUUGGAGUUAGAUGACGCUGUGCAUACAGCGAUUCUGACCCUCAAGGAAGGCUUCGAAGGACAGAUGACAGCAGACAAUAUAGAGGUCGGCAUAUGCGACGCCGCCGGCUUUCGUCGCCUAGAGCCUGCGCACGUGAAGGAUUAUCUCGCCAACAUACCGUAAAUGAUUUGUGAAUAUACAGCUGAUGAGUUUUUAAUAAAUAAGCC